GUCAGAAGUUUGUCGGUCGUUCGUCAGUUGUAAAGCCCGCAAAAGUUUGUGCUUUUCCUCCAUCAUUGCUCUGCGGUGAAGAUUAUAGGGAAAUCUCUAGUGUGGUGCCGAUUGUUUGCUACAGUUUCUUCCGGUAUUUCCAAGUUCCUUCCGUGGUCAAUCAGUUGAGUGAACUCGCGGCGCCGUAAGCUUUGGUGAAUCGCCAAAAAUUCCAAAAAUAGUUUCGCGUUGUGCCGGUUUCAGGCUGCUCCUGCUCGUUUCCCGACUAGAGAGCCCCACGAGAAUCUUUUGUUCUGCGGCUCUUUUUUGAAAGUUCAACGGUCAUCGGAACAGUAAUUUUCGAUUUUCUCCCGGUGACCUUAUCAAUGAAUAUCGGCUUUAUCAAAAUAAACGAUUCAUUAGGAUUGAUUUUGCCAUUCCGUUCAGGUGAAGAAAGUUCGGUUGGUUUAUAUUUUCGACCGUUUACGCCGGGCUGUCAAUUUUGAAUUUGUUGCGGGAAGAACGAGCCGGCAAGAAAAAGAAGAAAGCAGUGUUUAGUGUCGCGAAAAACCGGAAUAAGGACAGUAGGGAGAAGUAAAAGCGAAGAUCAAGAUCCUAUUCUGUAGCUGGAGUCGGUUUCGGUUGAUUUAUCGUCGCUUCCUUUACGUUAUUUGUUGAAAAUUAAGCUGUGCCUGGAAUCAACCGGAAUCGGGAAUCGCGACGGGAGAAAAGCAGUUUCAAAAUGAGUUCGAUCAAACCUGAUGAUAAGUCGUCGGACAUCCCGGAGAAAUUGUACGACGCCACAGCCCGAAGGACCUACAAAAGGCUGCGGUUUUUCGGCAAGGGUGGAUUCGCAAAAUGCUACGAAAUCAUGGAUGUCGUGACGGGCGAAGUGUACGCCGGCAAGAUCGUGUCGAAAAAGCUGAUGAUGAAGCACAACCAGAAGGAGAAGAUGACACAGGAAAUCACGAUUCACAAAUCGUUGAACCAUCGCAACAUUGUGGGCUUCCAUAGCUUUUUCGACGACCCGCUCAACAUCUACAUCGUGCUAGAACUCUGCAAGAAGCGAUCAAUGAUGGAAUUGCACAAACGUCGAAAAGUAAUUACCGAUUACGAGUGCCGCUACUACAUCCACCAGGUGCUCACGGGUGUAAAGUAUCUGCAUGACCGGCACAUUAUCCAUCGCGAUUUGAAGCUCGGCAACCUGUUCCUGAAUGAUGAUUUACAUGUAAAGAUUGGUGACUUCGGUCUGGCCACCAAGAUAGAGUUCGAAGGUGAACGCAAGAAGACUCUUUGCGGAACACCGAACUACAUUGCCCCGGAGAUCCUUAACAAGAAGGGGCACAGCUACGAGGUGGACGUUUGGUCCAUAGGAUGUGUGAUGUUCACGCUGCUCGUCGGGCAGCCGCCAUUUGAAACGAAAAGUCUGAAAGAUACUUACACCAAGAUUAGAAAGUGCGACUACCGGCUUCCCUCUACUGUUCGUACCAAUGCGGCCGAAAUGAUUUGUUCCAUGCUUCAGUCGGAUCCGCUCAAACGGCCCAGCGUAACGCAAAUGUUUGAUUUCGAUUUUAUGUGCAGCGCGCACAUUCCAGCGUCGCUCCCGAUCUCUUGUCUCACGAUGGCUCCCCGUGCCGACCAGUUGGAGAACGUCGAUCGUAUGGGUAGGAAACCACUUUCAGAAGUUAACGAUGACACCCGGUUGGAAUCGUCCUUCCUCAAAAACAACCUCCACGAUGCCAUCACGGCGUCUGGUACCAUGUCGCGACACAACGAAGGCUACCGGACUGAUAUUGAAAAUCUGUACAAGCAGUUGAGCACGCUGAUCGCGUCCAAGCCACCAAAACUGGCGACCAAUUUGGACGAUGAAAAUACCGAUCCGGCGGUGCAGCCACUCUUCUGGGUCUCGAAAUGGGUUGACUACAGCGACAAGUACGGAUUCGGCUAUCAGCUCUGCGACGAGGGUAUGGGAGUGAUGUUUAACGAUACCACCAAGCUGAUUAUGCUAGCAAACGGCCUCAAUGUGCACUUUAUCGACAAGGAAGGCGUCGAAACGUACAUGGAUAUUCACAACUAUCCACCUCAGAUGGAGAAAAAGAUGAAGCUGCUGUCGUACUUCAAGCGCUACAUGACGGAGCAUUUGGUUAAGGCUGGCGCGGGGGCAGUCAACAUCGAAAGCGAUCAGCUUUCCCGUAUUCCCCACUUGCACACGUGGUUCCGCACGAUGUGCGCCGUCGUGAUGCAUCUGACAAACGGCACCGUGCAGCUCAACUUCUCCGACCAUCAGAAGAUCAUCCUCUGUCCCCUGAUGCGAGCCGUGACGCUAAUGGACAACAACAAAAACUUCCGGACGUACCGCUUCUCCACGAUCCAGGAGCAGGGCUGUUCGAGCGAUCUCUACCAGAAGAUCCGAUAUGCGCACGAGAAGCUCAAGAAACUGCUGGAGAAGUUGUCGUGAGAGGAGAACGCGCAUCAUCGGAACACAUUCCCUUUGAUUAUUUCGGUAGUACAGUAGCGAGAACUUUCAACGCCGGCGGCCGGUCGUGCUCAGUGACGUAGCCAGAAAUUUGCUCUGGGAGCGGUUUUCGACGAUCGACGAAUGACACGUUUUUACUUUAUUUUUACUUAUUUGACGUUCACGUUUCGUAAACAACAAUAAAUAAUCUGGCCAUUUACAUUUGAUUUGAGUCGUAGCUUCAAAGCAGUGGCACAGCCGACAAAUUUCUCACCGUAAAGCGUUUUAUUCUGAAAAUUUGUUCCACAAAUUUUGCCUCUGGGAGGGGUUUUAAUCGUACACACCACCCACCCUACGUGGCUACGCCACUGGUCGAGCUUUAUUCGUUGAUCAUAUUGCGUUAGAGUUUGGCGCAGUUUUGAGCGGCAAACUAACGCAACAUGAUCAACGAAUAGAGCACGACCGACCGCCAGCGUUGACAGUUCGCUACUGUACUUUUCCUUAGAAAUUUACGAAUAGUUUCUAAGUUUAAGUAGCACGUGACCAACAAGUACCACCUUAUUGAACUGAAAACAUGCAAUUUUGUUUUACAGGGCAAGAUUAAUGCGUCGUAUUUUUCAGUAUUUUAAAGUGAAAAUAAUUUUCCAACACUGCAGUAGUUUGUGCCUUACUGAUUUAUUACGGCACGUCCAUCGGUGAAAAAAAUGGAGGCCAUCCGUGGUUAGGUAAUCAAAAAAACAAGACUAUGAACUAAUCCAGAAGCAGUUGCGUUUCACUUGAAUGUUUCCUCUAAACUGCAACGUACAUUGCUAUGUAGUACAACAUACAAUUCCGGGACAACGAUAAGAAAAAGGUGUCCAUCUUCUAUGCUAAACUGAGUACAGAGCAAAUAGCUACGGAUAGGAUCUUUUAGACCGAUAAGUUUAAUGUUGUAGAUAUAAUUUGGAAUAAAUAAGGCGUUUUUUAGGAUAA